ACGUUUAGAUUCUAUAUUAUCUUUGAAAGUUGUUUUUGUCCAAGUUGUUGUCAUAUAUUAAAUGUUGAACAGGUAGUUAAAAUACUUUACUAGUUGAUUAAUUAUUUAGGUUUGAUACGUCUUCACGAAAUGGUCCUAUACUUUACCUAUCGAUAUCAAAACUAUUACAUAUUAGUUGGUUUGACUGCUGUGAUACUGUUAAUUGGUGCAAAUUAUAAUAUGGCAGUAAAUAAAUCAAAUACUGAUUCAAAUGUUUACGUUUACGAAAGUAGUAGUUUUAUCGAAUAUUCAAGCAAUUGGUCUGUUUCAUCGUUCAGUAAGUUUGAUGAACUACUAAGGUCAAGAUGGGAAGAAAGAAUGAAAGUAAAUUGUUUCAAAUAUUCGUGGAAGAAGAUAAAAACAAAGGUUUUGGGUGGAAAAUAUCAUUUUGUCAUUCAACUGAAUCCCGAUAGAGCAAAUAAAAGAAAGGCGACUGUAACGGGUGUUUCUAUGCCCUUCGAUACAUCGAAAUUUCAUUUUGGUAAAGUUCUUUCCAGUUGCGAAAGUCCAGCAGAUAAACACUACCUCAUUAUCAAUGUUAAUCCUUUCGAUUUUGGACACUUUUUAAUAGUACCUAAUCUGCAUAUGAACUUUCCACAAAGGUUAUCAAUUACCGGAGCAAGAAUGGGAAUUGAAACAAUAUUAAUGACGAAUAGCCCGGCAUUCAGAGUUGGAUUCAACAGUUUAGGUGCGGUUGCUUCAGUGAACCAUCAACAUUUACAUGGAUGGUAUUUAAAUCAUCCAUUAUAUAUUGAAACAGCUAGAGGUAGGAAGAUAAGUAAAAACAUCUUUGAAAUUGUUGACGCGCCUAUACCGGCUAUAGCCCUUCAGAAGAAAGAUUUAGAUGUGAUGAAACUUGCAAUCUUAGUUCAUUCCAUAACUGAAUACCUUUACACAAAUGAAAUUGCUCACAAUUUACUCAUGACAAGAGGAACUAAUUUUGAAUCUGAUGAGGAUGAUAGGCGAAUAAUUCGAAUAAUAAUUUGGCCUAGGAAAAGUACAUUUCAUAGCACAACAACUGCAAUGCCUAAAUUCUAUGCAGCUCUCCUAGAAUUUGCAGGACAAAUACCAGUUUAUAAUACAGAAAGUUUUGAAGAUAUAACAGAAGAGGAGAUUAUCUCUGGCCUUCAAGAGUAUUCUUUGACUGGAGAAAAAUGGAAUACAGUUAUAGAGGAUAUAGUAAAAUUUGACACAUUCUGA